ACCACCUUUGCCUGCCAUGCGUGCACUCUGUCCUAAGGAGAGAUCGACGAGCUAGCCGUGGGGCAAAACAUCGAUAUGAUGAGCCGCCGGACAAGACGAGCCGACCUGCAGCAGCAGAAGCAGCCGGUGCCGGAGUUCGCCGGGACCAAUACGAUCGUGUCGAACCCGAUCUUCUCCUACGAAGACGGCUCGGGCUCGACUCAGCUCAAGCCGGUGGACGACGUCCUGCUUGGCUGUGGCUACAAGGAACCUGCAGGCUCGGGGCAGGAUGAUGUGAUCCCCGACGCCGUCUUCCCGGCCGCCGGCGCGGGCGUCGUCAAGGUCAAGCCAUUGCCGCUGCCUCCGAGCAUGGCGCACCGGCUGCCUGCUUCAAGCUCUCGCGCGGGUCCCGCCGCGCUCGUGAUGAUGGCGAGGAGCCAGCACGGCGGGUGGGUCCUGACAAGGAGGGCGCCCCACCACGACCCGUUCCUUGCCGCCUACGUGGCGUGCACCAAGAGCGGCGGCAAGGACGACUCUUCUCCGGCGACGGUAAAACAGCAGCACAGGCAGCGAAAGAAGAACGAGACUAAUAACAAUACCAGAGGCGAUGAUGCUCUGCGGGGCUGUGGCAUCUGGAGCGGCUGGGCGGCGGCGGCGGGCGCGAAGAAGAAGAAGUACGCCGGCGCGAUGUCGUGCAAACACGGCAGCGCCGUGGCCGUGGCCGUGCAGAGGAAGGGCGACGAUCCUGCACAGGCGCUGGCGUCCCCGGGACACCCCAGGCUGCACCUUUCGCGGCAGCUGGUGGUGAUCCCGGCAAGGAAGAAGGCCCUGGUGGUGCUGCCACGGGGACGAGCGCAGGGCCAGCGCUGAUCCAGCGUGUUUCUACUAGUACUGUUCUGUAUGGCGGCGUGUUUCCCGUUUCGAGGAGUGCUGUGCUGUGGUGCGUUGUACAUUGAUGUUGCAUCGUUUGUUGGCUCAGGUUGCUGCACUCUUAAAAUUUGUGCAGGAACAACGGAUACCAACUCUGUUUUUUUACGUGGCAGUACAAUACAAGCGAUUCCCGGAGGAAAAGUUAACCAAA